AUGCCUUCUUUUAUGGAGAUUUGGAAGAAGAAGUGUACAUGGACAUUUCCUCAGGCUUUGAGGAUGUUAAAACUAAAGGAGAAGUAUGCCGACUAUAGUCAAGCUGAUCUUACUUUGUUCGUGAAACACUCUUCACAUGGUAAGACGAUAGCUCUUAUUGUUUAUGUGGAUGAUAUUGUACUCAUAGGGGAUGAUGUUGAGGAGGUUCCUCGGUUAAAGGAGUAUUUGGCUAAUGAGUUUGAAAUCAAAGACUUAGGUAGCUUGAAAUACUUUCUAGGUAUUGAAGUUGCUCGGUCCAAAGAGGGCAUCUUCAUAUGUCAAAGAAAGUAUAUGUUGGAUUUGCUAAAAGAAACUGGGAUGCUUGGAAGUAAAGCCUGUGAAUGUGAUACACCACUAGAGCCUGGGCUGAAGCUUAGUGAGGAUCAAGCAGGCGAGCUUGUAGACAGAGAGAGAUAUUAG